AUGUCGCGCUUUCCGCCGCCCCGCGUAGUGGGGAACUCCUCCUCGUCGGCCGCGUCACGCCUUCCGCCGCCCCGCCCAGUGGGCGAUCUGUCUUCGUCGACGUUUUCACGCCUUCCGCCGGCCCACGCAGUGGGCGCUCCGUCAUCGUCGACGUUUUCACGCUUUCCGCCGCCCCGCGCAGUGGGCGAUCCGUCAUCGUCGGCGUUUUCCCGCCUUCCGCCGGCCCGCGCAGUGGGCGAUCCGACGCCGUCGGCGUUCUCACGCUUCUCGUCGUCCCGCGCAGUGGGCGAUCCGUCGUCGUCAGCGUUUUCAUGCCUUCCGCCGCCCCGCACAGUGGGCGAUCCUUCGUCGUCGGCGUUUGCACGCCUUCCGCCGCCCCGCGCAGUGGGCGAUCCGUCGUCGUCGGCGUCUUCGCGCCUUCCGCCGCCCCUCGCAGUGGGCGAUCUGUUGUCGUCGGCGUUUUCACGCCCUCCUCCGCCCCGCGCAGUGGGCAAUCCGUCGUCGUCGGCGUUGUCACGCCUUCCACCCGUCCCGCGUUGGCCUUCUCACUUUCUUCCCUUCGCACGUCCGUCGGCGUCACCGGAUCCGCGCGAGUGCUGGCACGUGGUAGACCAGUCCUUCACCUGGACAGACCUCCCAUCCACGCCUCUCACGUACCUCUCCACCUUCUCUCCCUCUCUUUCUCUGUUUCACUCCUUCCCUUCACCAGAGUGCUGGCACGUGGUAGACCAGUCCUUCACCUGGACAGACCUCCCAUCCACGCCUCUCACGUACCUCUCCACCUUCUCUCCCUCUCUUUCUCUGUUUCACUCCUUCCCUUCACCAGAGUGCUGGCACGUGGUAGACCAGUCCUUCACUUGGACAGACCUCCCAUCCAAGUUCCCAACCAAGAUUCUACAGUACCCUGUGAGUCAUUUUUCUUAA